AUGGUUUUAAUAGUUGUUUUAUAUUUGACAAGUAUAAUAUCAAUACAAUCAAAAACUUAUCGAAUUUCUCAUACAAUUUCAAGCAAUUUUUUACAAUCUCAUAUAACUUUUCCAAUGAAAUAUGAAGAAUCAAGAGAAACUAUUGAAACAAGACGUGAAUUAUGUCUUGAUGAAUAUCGACAACAAGAAAGAUCAUAUAAAUGGCGUUAUCGUUUAUCUCCAGAUUGUGCACAAUAUUGUACAAUAACAAAGGAUUGUCAAAAACGUGAAGAAUCAUCUGCCUGUGUUAAUCCAUUAUGGCCAUUACGUACUAUAAAAUAUGUACAAAAAUAUAAACGUAUUUGUUAUAUUCGAAUUACAGAAAUUUUACAAUAUGAACAAGCUGAACAAAUCUGUCAUAGAUAUGGUCUUCAAUUAGCUAUUAUUGAUAAUAUUCAAUUACUUGAAAGAUUAAAACAAUUAAAUAUGUUUAAUAUAACAUGUAAAGGACAAUGUCCAAAAACAAGAGGAUAUUAUAUUGGAUUAAAACGAUUGUUGAAUAGUAAAAAUCAAUCAGAAUCAAAAUGGAUAUGGUCUAAUAAUGUAACAUGGACACAGAAUGACAUAGAUUGUGAUGAUUAUUCUAAUACAUCUUAUGUCAAUACAAAUCUUUUAUGUUAUAUUGGAAAUGAUGGACAAAAAAAAGUCACCAUUUGGAAUAAAAACGAACCAAAUAAUUAUGAAAGUGAUUAUUAUCAAGUUGGUGAACAAUGCGUAGAAAUCGUUGUUUAUACAGAUAAAAAAUCAUUAUUAGAACAAAUCGGUAAAUUAAAUGAUAUUCCUUGUACUAAACCAACACUUGGUGCUAUAUGUCAAAUGAAAGAUAUUAAACCGUUUAAUUUUACACGUUUUGAAUCAUUUGCAAAGAUAAUUGAUUUUAAUAAAACUGAAAUAAGUGAUAAAAAUUUAUUAUUUACUUUUAAAAAUAUUAUUUCAGCAAAUUUAAAUAUGAUAACAGUAAUGACUGAAAUACUUGAAGAUUUACUUGAUUUAUCUUUAUUUACAAUGAAACAAACAAUAGAUAUAUUAAAUAUUUUUGAUCAACUUAUUAAUAUUACUGGACAAAUUGAAGUAGAAAAUGAUUCACUUAAACUAGUGACAAAUAAAUUACUUCAAUUUCUUGAUCUAUUUCCGGCUAAAAUUCAAAUUGAAAAUAAACAAAAUCUUUCAUUUCAAUAUGAAAAUAUUCAUAUAACAAUAUUAGAUAUUAAUUUUGAAAAUGAAAGUAAUCAAUGGUUUCGAAUAAAUACUGAUAAUUAUCAAGAAAAUAUAAAUAAACAUUCAAAUAUAAUUAUUGAAAUUAAUAUACAAGCUUUACAAACAAAAUUAAUUAAAUCAAAUAAUUAUCGUAUUAUUGAAAUAAUUUUUGCAAAUUUUAAUCUAUUUCCACAAAUUAAUAUGACUAAUAUUGGUAUACCUAUAUCUUAUCAAAUAGCAAAUUUAACAACAAUUAAAACAAAUGAAGAUUUAAUAAGAUUUCAAAUACAAGUGUCAGAUUCAUUACAAUCAUAUAACCUUUCUUGUGUUUAUUGGUCAUUUGAUAAAAAUAAUGGAUCAUGGAUAACUGAUAAUGGAUGUCGUUUUGUUGGAUAUGUCAAUAAUUAUGCUCAAUGUUAUUGCAAUCAUUUGACUCAUUUUGCUUUACUUAUGAUAUCUGAACCAGAACAAACUCUUGAACUUCUAUCAACCGUUGAAGAAUUUGUUUUAACAUUUGUAACAUAUAUUGGUAUUUGCUUAUCAAUAUUUGGUCUUAUUAUAACAUUAAUUACUUAUGUAUUUUUUCGUUAUUCAUCAAGACAUCGUUCUCAUAUAUCUUUAAUAAUGCUUUGUUUAUCAAUUUUAUUCGUUAAUUGUCUUUAUAUUCCAUUUAGUCUUACUCAAUCAAAUUUAUCAAAAAUAAAACGACAUAUAUCAUGUACUAUACUUGGUUUUUUAUUUCAUUAUUUUUUUAUAGCAUCAUUUAUGUGGAUGUUAAUUAUGGCUAUUGUUCAAUAUAUACAUUUUGUUCGAAUAUUUAAUGCACAUAUUUCACAUUUUUUUAUUAAAUCAUGUAUAAUUGGAUGGAUUAUACCACUUAUAUUUCCAUGUCUUGUUAUUUUCUUUGGUUCAAAUGGUGGUUAUACUAUAGAACAUCGAUGUUGGAUUAAUCAUCAAAUACUUUUAUAUUCUACGUUUCUUGUACCUAUUUCUAUUAUUGUUAUAUGUAAUUUAAUUAUUUUUGGAUUUAUUCUAAGAAGUAUAUUUCAUCAUAAUAUUAUAUUAGUUAAAGAUAAAAAGAAAUAUUCAAAAUUUCAAUUAGGUGCAACUCUUUGUUGUUUUGUUUCGAUUGGAUGUACUUGGUUUUUUGGUAUUCUUGUAUUUAUUGAUCCGAGUUUUAUUCAUCAAUUAAUUUUUUGUAUAUGUAAUUCGUUUCAAGGCUUUCUUAUAUUUCUUUUUCAUGUCUAUUUAUCAAAACCAAAACGAGCAUUAUGGCAAACAUUUUUUAUUGAACGUGGUUUUCAUCAACGUUCUCAUACAUCUCACGAUGAUAAAGAUCUUAGGACAAUCAGUCAUUCAACUAGUAGAAAUACUAGUGGAAUAACACGUUCUGAUAAAUUUUGCUUUAGUCAAACAUCAACAUCAUUAAGUAUUGAUCAACAAGUAUCAUUAACUCAAAAUAAUUCUAAAAGAAAUGAAGUAUUAAAUGCAGAACAGUUACAAUUAAAUGGUUUAUCAAAUGUAACUAUUCAUACAUAA